CGCCCCGCCCCUCAGUUGCAUCACGGAGGCGAAUGGACGAGCUCACGCUGAGCUGCGAGCCGGCGGUGCUCCAGCGUGUGUCGGAGAGCGGCAGCGAUGCGGCCUCCGACCUGGAGCUCGGCGCUGGCGACGAUGCUGGGUCGGCGCUGGUGUGGAUCGAGCCGGCGGCAGGAGGAGCGACGGCGCUCCGUUUCGGCCGGGCUGCCGCUAACCCGGGGGGAGCGGUUCGCUUCCUGCCCCGCCGGGAGGAUGAGGGGGCUGGUGAGUCCGAGCACGACAACUCGCGAUUCUCUCCAUUGCUGCUACUGUGCCCGGAGAAGGAGCCGCUGCUGGGUUGCCCGAGUCCCCUCGACGAGCAGCUGCUGAGCCCCGGCCCCGAGCUCAACCACUUCCCUGACGACCCGGAGUUCGCCGAUAUCAUACUGCGAGCCGAGCAGGCCAUCGAGAGUGGCGUUUACCCGCAGCGCAUCUCACAAGGGUCAAGCGGUAGCUACUUCGUCAAAGACGCUAAGGGGAAAACUAUUGGAGUCUUCAAACCAAAAACAGAAGAACCUUAUGGGCAAUUAAAUCCCAAAUGGACCAAAUUUUUCCACAAGAUCUGCUGUCCGUGUUGUUUUGGUCGUGGUUGUCUCAUACCAAAUCAAGGUUACUUGUCAGAAGCUGGUGCUUACCUUGUAGAUGAAAAAUUGGGGCUGGGAGUUGUACCAAAAACAAAGGUAGUUUGGCUUGCAAGUGAAACAUUCAACUAUAGUGCAAUAGAUCGAGCAAAAUCCAGAGGAAAGAAAUAUGCUUUAGAAAAAGUGCCAAAAGUUGGUCGCAGGUUUCAUAGGAUUGGGCUUCCUCCAAAGGUUGGCUCCUUUCAACUUUUUGUAGAAAAUUACAAAGAAGCUGACUACUGGCUCAGAAAAUUUGAAACUGAUCCAUUGCCAGAAAACACUCGCAAGCAGCUACAGUCCCAGUUUGAGAGAUUGGUGAUCCUAGACUACAUCAUCAGAAAUACUGAUAGAGGAAAUGAUAACUGGUUAAUGAAAUAUGAAAAACCAGAAAAUACAACAGAGUUUUGUGAUAAAGAUUCAGAAUGGACGCAUUGCAAAGAGCCUAUCAUUAAAAUUGCAGCCAUUGAUAAUGGAUUGGCAUUUCCCUUUAAGCAUCCUGAUGAAUGGAGAGCUUAUCCAUUUCACUGGGCCUGGCUUCAUCAAGCUAAGAUUCCUUUUUCACAAGAGACGAGAGAUUCUAUCCUUCCUCGAAUUUCAGACAUGAACUUUGUUCAGGAUCUCUGUGAAGAUCUUUAUGAACUCUUUAAGACCGACAGAGGGUUUGACAAAGCUACUUUUGAACUACAGAUGUCAGUGAUGAGAGGACAGAUUUUGAACCUUACUCAGGCACUUAAAGAUGGAAGAAGUCCUAUUCAGUUAGUUCAGAUGCCUCGUGUGGUUGUGGAAAGAAGUAGUUCUGGAAGUCAAGGCAGGAUAGUCCACCUGAGCAAUGCCUUUACCCAGACAUUUCACUGCCGCAAACCAUUUUUCUCAUCUUGGUAAUGAAUGUAUAAAUACAUUUAUUGGCCUUUUAAAUUAUUUCUUGCUAUCUGUUUCAUACCACCAUGUCACUGUAAAUAUGCAAAUAGGUGACAUUGAAAGGGAGAAAACUUGAACUCUAUAUGUCACCUUUUAAAAUAUAAAAAGGUGAAACAUCUACUGUAAUUGCCAAAAAUAGUUGCUUUGGUGUACUUCAUCAGAUGUUAGAUACUGAAAGUAAUGUUUACAAUUUUUGCAGCGUUAAUACUUGAGCAAUCUUUAGUGUCAGGGAACAUGAACUGCUGUCUUACUGUAUUUUUAUAAGAACUGCAUCAAAAUUUUCAAAUGGUAAUGUAUUAUAUAUCUGGGCAGGGGUAUUCUAUAGGGAACUUCUUGAAUAAAGAUGUUUGUGUUUAUACGUUUA